AUGGCAGAAGGGAAUAGAAGAAAAAGACUGCAAGAUGAAAAGAUGCACAGUAAUAAUGAGCUCGCAAGGAUUAAAGAAGAAAGGAGGCUAGAAGAGGAACAAUGCUUUUUGUUGGCCUCCAAGCAGUUUGUAGAAGAGUUCGAAAGAGAAUUAGGAGAAGAGGAGGAAGAAGAGAAAAAGAAGAAGGUUGAAGAAGAGAGGAAAAUUAGAGAAGAGAAUAAGAGGAAGCACGAAGAAAACACGAAACGCUUGGCAAAGAAGAAGGGUAAAAAACUCACGAAAUGCGAGAAGAAGAAACAACGCAAAGAGCGGGAGAAGAGACAAAGGCAAGCAGCCCGCCUUGCGUUGUCCAAAGAAAAGGGCAAAGCAAUCACAGAAAGUAGCGAGCCCGCGUUGGCAAGGAAGCGUCCAUUGAAGAGGAAAGAAAAUGAUGACAUGCUGAUAGAGAUGGGCUUCUAUCCUAGGCCAAUGCCACUACCGGAACUUGUCACAAGUGUGAUAGUGGAGCAUGGUUGGGAUUCAUUUAUCCAGUGCCCAGCCAUUAUUGUGCCAUAG